AUGCAAUUCGAAGAAUUACUUGCACUAAUUGCACCAUAUAUUGAAAAAGAUACAUUUAUUCGAGAGCCCAUUGAUCCUGCGCAACGUCUAUUGCUUACAUUAAGAUACUUAGCCUCUGGGGACAGCAUGAUGUCAAUGAAGUAUCAAUAUUAUAUUGCUCAACCUACCAUAUCAAAAAUUAUUAAUGAAACAUGUGAUAUAUUAUGGACUGUUUUAAUGCCUAUUGUACUAAAAAUACCAUCAUAUAAUGAAUGGAAAAAAAUUGCUGAAGGAUUUAAAAUAAAGUGUGACUUCCCACAUUGUUUAGGCGCCGUAGAUGGUAAACACGUAAUUGUACAGGCACCACCAAAUGCUGGGUCUAGUUAUUAUAAUUAUAAGAGCGCACACAGCAUCGUAUUACUGGCUAUUUGUGACAGUAAUUAUAAAUUUAUCUUAGUCGAUAUUGGUGCAGAAGGGCGUCAAAGUGAUGGAGGUAUAUGGAUAAGAUCUAAUAUUGGUCAGGCAUUUUCAAGAGGUAACAUUGAUAUACCACCUCCAGAUCGUAUCUUUGAAGGACCCAUUCUUCCAUACGUAUUAGUAGCGGACGAGGCUUUCCAGUUAACAAAUAAUUGGAGAAUAUAUAGGAGACCUAUAAAUACCUCAUUAGAGACGGGUGAAAAUAUAGUGAAAGCUACAAUAGUAUUACAUAAUUUUCUUCGCCAAAAUAACGAUAAUAAUUCAUUCAUUACUUCUAAUACAGAAAAUAAUAUAGAGUCCUUUGAGAUGAGAGCAGAAGCAUUAGAAAAUAUUAAUAACGUUGGUAGUAAUACAAAUACACGAGAAGCCUCCGAAAUACGCAAUAGUUUUACUCUUUAUUUUAAUACCAUGGGUGCAAUUCCAUCGCAAGAAGCUAUGAUUUAA